UGUUCCUAUAAUUGUGCCUCUAGCGCAGUCAUAGCAUAUAAUGCUGUAUUAGACGCUGCCACUUAACGAACUACAUGUCAGGAUACCCAGUCUGCGCAUCACCGACCGGAGACAGACCGUAGCAUAAUGCCUCACUCAGUACGACAGCCAAUCAAUAUCCAGGCGCUUGAAGAGUACCUUACUCGGGUGCUACCCACGAUUCAAGCUCCCCUUGAUGUGGAACAAUUUCAAAUCGGACAAUCUAAUCCAACGUAUAAGAUCACUGAUUCUGGCGGCGUAUCAUAUGUGUUGCGAAAGAAGCCUCCUGGGAAGCUCUCACGAGCCGUUCAUCUAAUUGAACGGGAAUAUAAAGUGCUGUCCGCUCUCCAGAGAACAGAAGUCCCAGUUCCAAGGACUUACUGCUUGUACGAAGGUAAUGAUAUCCUUGGAACUCCGUUCUAUGUUAUGGAGUUCUUGGAUGGGCGGAUCUUUACCGACUCCACUAUGCCUGGGGUGAGUCCGACGGAGAGAAUGGCCUUGUGGAGGGAUGCUGUGCGAGUGCUAGGCAAGAUUCAUACCACUAAUGCUCAUUCCAUGGGGCUGCAGACGUUCGGUAAGCAAGGUGGGUACUACGACCGUCAGCUGUCGACGUUUACCUCCUUAUCCCGUGCACAUUCAAAGGUGGAAGAUCCCUUGAUCAAUGUUCCAGUGGGAGAUUUACCGCAUUUUGACGAGAUGGUCGACUUUUUCUGUCGUCAUGAGCUUCAACCCAGAGACCGGCUUAGUAUAGUGCAUGGUGACUACAAGAUCGAUAACUUGAUCUUCCAUCCCACUGAAUCGCGAGUAGUCGGGGUUCUAGAUUGGGAAAUGGCUACUCUUGGCCAUCCUCUUUCGGACUUUUGCAACCUUACGCAUCCUUAUUUCUGGGACGGUCUGUACCAGGAUGUGGCAAUGUUCCGUUCUGGGAAGGUUGCAGGAUUGCCCAGUCGCGCACAGUGCUUAGAGUGGUAUUCUGAGGCUGCAGGUUGGGAUCCACAACCAGAGCUUUCGUGGGGAGACGCAUUUUUUGCAUUUCGAACCACUGUUAUCCUGCAGAGUGUUGCCGCUAGGCAUGUCCAGCGGCAGACGACCAGUCCGGACUCAGCCAAAUAUGCCCUAAAAUUCAAGCCAUCGGCAGAAAGUGCCUGGGAAUUGGUGAGAAGAGCCAAGGCCGGAUCUAAAUUUGGAAGAUUGUGAACGUGAUGAUAUCGCGUGCAAGGGCACAGAAAGUGAUGUCAUGGUGUAACAAGCAAGCUCGGCAUCUGCAAGGUGGUGAUUGGAGUUGCAGAUCAAAUAAGCCCAAUCGUGACACAAACAUAUCCUUUUGCAUGCUCUGAUGUCUAGUAGUAUCUCUGAAGAUCUUGAAGUCUUGUUAUUCCUGAUUACUUCGAAAGGCGCUCCGUCAUGCUACUCAUGUGG